CCGAUCAGUUUGAGUGUUAAUUGCUAACUGGACAGUAAAAAAAAAGAAACAGAGAAGAAAAAAAAUUUUUUUCUUCUUUUUUAAAAAAUUAAAUAUUUUAAAAUAAAUUGUUAAAUUUUUUAAAAGUAAUUUAUUGAAAAUAUAAAAAACAAAUCACAUAAUUUUAUAUAUUUAUUUUAUUGUUGUGUUUUUGUUAUUUAAUAAUAAUAAAAUUUAAUUUAAUAUAUAAUAUAAAAGUAAUUAGUGCACAAAAAUUAAAAUAAAAUUAAAAUUUUAUUCAAGUAACUUUUGAUAUUUCUAAAAAUACAGAAAAGUUAACGAAUUAAAUUAAAAUCGAAAUAUAAACUUAAAUAUUAAAAUUUUAAAAAUAAUUUUAUUAAAAAACAAAAAAAAAAUUAAAUAUUAUAAAUUAUUCGAAGUCGAGUAAUUUACCUUAAAAAAUAAUCUUAAUUUUUUUAAUAUAUUAAACAUUCACACACUCAGAAAUUAAAAUCUAUAAUACAUUUUAUAAUAUAUAAAUUACAAAAGAAAUUAAAAAUAAUUAAUUAAUUAAAAAUAAAAACUAUAUAAUAAGAAAAUAUAUAUAUAUAUAACAUCAAAAAGGAAAAGAAAAAAUAAAAAAUCAAAUAAAACAAAAUGCCUGCCAACGGCGUAUUGAAUUUAGAAAAUGAAAUUCUUCAACAAAAUAACUUAUCGACAACGAAGCUACUAACAUCAUCGUCGUCUUUAGCUGUUUCAUCGAAUUCAUAUGAUUUAUCGGAAAAUUCAUCAAGUGGUAUCGAUUCACCUAUAACAUCUGAUGAUGAAAAUUUAAAUAAAACAACAGUAUAUAAUUUUAAUAAUAAUAAUAAAAAUUUCUCAUCAAUAUUAAACGAUAAAAUAAAAUAUAAAAAUAAAAAUAACGGUACUCAUAAUUUGAGUGAAACAAAAGAUAUUAAUAAUAAAAUUUAUAAUAAUAAUAAUACAAAAAUGAAUGGUUUUAAUAAUAAUAAUAAUAACAAUAAAAAUUUUAAUACAAAUAAUAAUAAUGAUGAUAAUAAUAUUCCAAGAUGGUGUAGUCAUCCAAAUCGUUUAAAACAUGAAAAAUUUAUACGUGAUUCAAUUGAUGAAAUAAUUAAUAAUGCUGUAUUUGAUUCAACACAACGUAAUUCAAAAGUAUUAGAAUGGCAUGAUCCAAAUGAAUUAAAUAAAAUUUUUGAUAUGAAAUUAAAUGAUAAAUUUGACUCUGAUGAAAAUCUCAUUGAAUUAAUACGUAAAACAAUUAAAUAUUCAGUUAAAGCUGGUCAUCCAUAUUUUAUAAAUCAAUUAUAUUCAUCACUUGAUCCAUAUGCAUUAAUUGGACAAUGGUUAACAGAUGCAUUAAAUCCAAGUGUUUAUACAUAUGAAGUAUCACCAGUAUUUAUAUUAAUGGAAGAAAUGGUAUUAAAAGAAAUGAGAAAUAUUGUUGGUUUUCCAAAAUAUAAUAAUGAUGAUGAUAAUAAUGGUGAUGGUAUAUUUUGUCCUGGUGGUUCAAUUGCAAAUGGUUAUGCUAUUAGUUGUGCAAGAUAUAAAUAUAUGCCAGAAAUUAAAACAAAAGGACUUUCUGGUUUACCAAGAUUAGUUGUUUAUACAUCAGAAGAUUCACAUUAUUCAAUUGCAAAAUUAUCAUCAUUUAUGGGAAUUGGUAUUGAUAAUGUUUAUAAAAUAAAAACUGAUCAAAGAGGUAAAAUGCGUAUAGAUCAUUUGAAUGAAGAAAUUGAAAGAACAAAAAAUGAAGGCGGUAUACCAUUAUUAGUUGUUGCAACAGCUGGUACAACAGUUUUUGGAGCAUAUGAUCCAAUUGAAGAGAUAUCUGAAAUUUGUAUUAAAAAUAAUAUGUGGUUUCAUGUUGAUGCAGCAUGGGGUGGUGGUGCAUUAUUAUCACAAAAAUAUCGUCAUUUAUUAAAAGGUGUUGAAAAAGCUGAUUCAGUUACAUGGAAUCCACAUAAAAUGUUAUCAUCAGCACAACAAUGUUCAACAUUCCUUACAAGGCAUAAAAAUAUUUUAUCAGAAUGUCAUUCAACAAAUGCUGCUUACCUAUUUCAAAAAGAUAAAUUUUAUGAUGUUAAAUAUGAUACUGGUGAUAAGCAUAUACAAUGUGGUAGACGUGCUGAUGUAUUAAAAUUUUGGUUUAUGUGGCGUGCUAAAGGUACUGAUGGUCUUAUUAAACAUGUUGAACAUUUAUUUAGAAUGGCUGAAUUCUUUACAAAAGAAUUAAAAUCACGAACAAAUCAAUUUAAAUUGGUUUUAGAAGAACCAGAAUGUUUAAAUAUAUCAUUUUGGUAUAUACCACCAAGUUUAAGAGGAAAAGAAAAUGAUCAAUUAUAUAAUGAAAAUUUACAUAAAAUUGCACCAAAAAUAAAAGAAUCAAUGAUGAAAGAAGGGACAAUGAUGGUAACAUAUCAAUCAAUUAAAGGAAUACCAAAUUUCUUUAGACUUGUAUUACAAAAUUCAGUUUUAAAUGAAUCCGAUAUGUUACAUUUCAUUAAUGAAAUUGAUAGAUUAGGAAAAGAUUUGUAAAUUACAUAAAUAUAUUUUUUUUUCAUGAAACAAAAACAAAAAAAAAAAAAAACGUAAGAUUUAUAAGACAAUCCCGUAUUAUAUUAUUUUAAUUUUAUUUAAUUCAUAAUUGUUGUAUUUUUUUUUUUUAAUUACAUGCUCAUAUUUAUUUUUGUAAAUAUAGAAAUUAUUCAUUUUAAUUUAAUUAAUUUUAAUCACAAAUAAAUAAAUAUAUAUAUUAAAUAAUAUUAGAAUUUAAUAUUAAAAAAAAAAUAAACGUGAAUACGAUUUUAAUGCAAGAUACUAUAUGAAAAGAAAAAAUUGACCAAAUUGUAUUAAAGAAAAUAUUUAUUUAAAAUUUUAGACACUAUUAAAUAACUAAAAUUAAUUCCGACCACUUUAUUGAAUUU